AUGACUUCUAACCGAAUAAGAAAAGAGCCGGGAGGGGCAUCAAAAGUAAGGAAAAAGAAGAGACAAGAUGCAUUAACAAAAUCAAUGGCUAAUUCGAUGUUGAGCCAAGAGAAUGAGAAUGUGAAUGCGAAUGGAAAUGGGAAUGAGAAUGAUAUAGAGAUUGAAACUGAGAUUGAGAAUGAGAAUGAAAAGGAGAACGAAAAGGAUAAAACAUAUGAUUUUAAGAAAUAUCAUAUAGAUGGAGAUAUCAAUGAUCCUGGAAAUUGGAGAACAAUUGAUAAUAGAGUGAGAGAUUUUCUUGUUGAGAAAGGUCCAAUCACAAGACUUCCAGUUGAUUUUCAUUUUUCAAGAGAUUCUAUUGGUAGAUGUUUUUCUCAUUCAUCUUAUACUAGAGAAAUAAGGAAUGGAGAGAAGCAAGAUAGGCAAUGGUUAGUUUACUCACAAGUAAAAGAUAAGAUCUUCUGUUUUUGCUGUAAAUUAUUCACACAAGACAAAACUACUACUCAGUUGGCAACUACAGGGUACAAUGACUGGAGAAACGUUUCAAGAAUGCUUAGAGAACAUGAAAAAGGUCAUAAUCAUAUUAGAUGUGUGGUUCAGUGGAUGGAGCUGGAAAUGAGGCUAAAAAAGAAGCAAACAAUUGAUAAGCAUGUCCAGGCAAAGAUUAAUAAAGAGAAAAAACACUGGAGAGAUGUGUUGUUGAGGAUAAUUGCUUUGGUUAUGGGUCUUGCUAAAAAGAAUAUAGCAUUUCGUGGGAGUAGUGCUAAGAUUCAUGAGGAUAAUAACGGAAAUUUUCUAGGCAUGAUUGAGGUGUUUGGUGAUUUUGAUCCUGUGAUGCAAGAGCACAUAAGAUGA